AGAUCCUUAUAUAAAACCUGUUUAGUCGUUUACCGAAGGACCGUAGACUUCAGACGUUGUCCUAAAAUUGAAUAAGUAAAUAAACUUAGUUUGUGAAACUGGCUGGAACUAUUGGGAUUUUUACAUGAAUUGAAAAUUAUCAUUAAAAAAAUAUAUAAAAAUGAAAAUGUUAAACUUUAUUUUAUUUGGGUUACUGAUAAGUUCGUGUUUGUGUGAUGGAUAUCGGAUCUUGGCAGUGUUUCCGACGCCAAGUCCUAGCCACGGUAUUCUUGGAGACAGUUUUGUGAAAGCCCUUCUCAAUGCAGGACACGAAGUGGUGUACAUAUCGCCAUUUAAAAAGAUAAAUCAUGCAAAACUGGAGAUUAUAGACGUCUCUCAAAACCUCGAAGUAUUUUCCGAUAAAAACAUUGAUGUCAAAGCAAUCAUGACUGGAAGUUUGAAUUUACAAGACCCAAAGUUUUUGUUCGGGAUGACCACGACCAUGACCGAUGUCACGCUUGCUAAUCCUAAUGUCCAGAAGCUGUUAAGGGAUCCAAAGCAAAAGUUUGAUGUCAUUGUAGCUGAAUAUUUCUUCAAUAAUAUUUUUUCCACGUUGUCAGCAGUCUACGAUGCCCCAUUCAUCUGGUUCCUCACCAUAGUGCCUCACUCCUUGAUCCUCGACCAGAUCCAUGGGCCGAUGAACCCAGCAUAUAGCAGUGACUACAUAGAAGCGAGGAUCGCUCCGUACUCCUUUGUGGAAAGAGUUCGUGAACUGUAUUUCACGUUGACCUUGCUGUACAAUCUGCAUGUCGCCUUCCCACCGAUAGAAGAAGCCAUAUACCACAAACAUAUAUCUACGAUCUUAAAAUCAUUAGGAAAACCAAUUCCUGACUACAAUGCCCUCACAUACAACGUGUCCAUGGUACUAGGCAACUCUCAAGUGGCUCUAGAAAGUGCAGUACCUUUGCCUCCGAACUUCAAACAUAUUGGCGGAUAUCAUAUUGAUGAUGAUGUUAAACCGUUGCCUGAGAACUUGAAAAAAAUUUUCGACAAUGCAAAGAACGGUGUCGUAUACUUCAGUUUGGGAUCCAAUUUAAAGAGUAAGGACUUACCUGAAGACAUGAAGCAGGGUAUUUUGAAAGUGCUAGGAGAACUGAAACAGACUGUCAUUUGGAAAUUCGAGGAAAGUUUUCCUAACACACCGAAAAAUGUUCACAUAGUUCAGUGGGCACCACAGCAAAGUAUUUUGGCUGAACCAAACCUGGUACUCUUUGUCACACACGGUGGUUUCCUGUCCGUCACAGAAGCUGUGCAUUUUGGAGUACCCCUGGUAGUCAUCCCAGUGUUUGGAGACCAGUUUAUGAACGCAAACCUGGUUGUUAAGAAGGGCAUCGCUGUUCAAGUCAAAUUAUCUUACACGAUGCAUAACGAACUGAAGGUUGCUAUGGAUACAGUUCUGGGUGAUUCAAAAUACGCCACAAAUGCAAAAGCCUUAUCUGCAGCUUUCCAUGACUUGGAAAUGAAGCCGAAAGACGCCUUAAACUUCUGGGUGGAGCACGUGGUGCGCACGCGUGGCGCUCCUCACUUGCGCUCCGUCGCGAUCGACAUACCGCUCUACCAACGAAUGUACCUAGAUCUCCUGGCUUUAAUCCUUUUAACUCCUGCUGUCCUGUUACUAGUACUCAGAAGAUUCUGCUGUAAAAGUGAUAGUCAGAAAGUUAAAAGAAGUUAAAUUGUAUUUACGGUGAGUUGCGUCAUUAAACUAUGUUAAUAACGUGUUAAUAACCGAACCAUUUUCAGUUGUCAAAUAUGACCAAAUGGUGGCAAUGUCGCUGCUGGUUGGUUAUAUUUAUAAUUAAAUGGUGAAACUAGUGUUUUUAGUAGGAUUAGUAUUUAUUUCUUUUUGUAAUGUUGGGAGCGUAAUUUUUUUAGUUGUUACAACUGAUGGAUUGGUAAAGUCCACAAAUUAAUUUGUAUAUUAUAAUAGCAAUUGGUAUUAUUAAUCCGUCAUAGUCAGACACAGAAAAGACAGAUAUGGCCUUACUACAAAAACUUAACCACCUGUUUUACACUUGUCUAAAAAAAUUGUGGCUGCAAAACGAACCAUAUGUCAACGUCAUAAUUUGUCAUUUUUUUAGACAAGUCUUAAACUGACGUUUAAAAGUUUUUGUGGUAAGAGGUUAAUGUUUUCCAUUUUAUAGUGAAACAGGAAGACACCAUGUUAUUUGUUUUUGAUCACAUCACAUGACAUAAUUAUCAAUCUAUAUAUUUAUCUAAUACGGAAUUUAUAUUCUAAAAAUUUUAAUUAUAAUUUAUAUCUACGUAAUCUAUCUUUAUUAAGUACUGACAAUUAGUCGUUUUUCUAUUUCUAAUGUCCUCAUAGAUUUACGUUGUAAAUAUUGCCUGUAGAAAUAAUUUGUAUUACUAUAUUCCUCGGAAUGAAGCAUUUGAUUAAAUAAAAAUUGUUCGGCUUCUGCCCUUCUGCAAUUAUUAAAUUUAUUUAACAAGGGAUUACCUUUGAUUUUGUAAAUAAUUUAAGUGUGGCUCUGUUUUGUAUAAAUUGUGAAUGCUAAAUAAAUGCAUUUUGGAAAUAAAUAA